AUGUUUCAAAAAAUGAAAAAUGAUCAAGUUGAUAUGGAACCUUUUGAUAAUUGUUUAAUUUGUGAUAGAAAAUGGCACCGAAUAUGUGCAUUAAAUAAUCGUAAAAUAAAUCCUGAAGGAUUUAUUUGUGAACAAUGUCGUGUUGAAAAAAGUAGACCACGCCCAGAAAAUAAAUUUACUGCCAAAAAAUUGCCACAUUGCCAAAUUAGUCGUUAUAUUGAAGACAGAGUUAACAACUUUUUGAGACAAAAACUAGAUGAAAAUGAUCCUGAAAUUGAAGUUAUAAUUCGUGUUCUUUCAAGUUCUGAUAAGGAAGUUGAAGUUAAACCUCAAAUGUUGAAAAAAUAUGGAGCCUCUGGUUAUCCUGAACGUUUUGCUUACCGCUCAAAAGCCAUUUUUGCAUUUGAAGUUUUGAAAGAUCCAGACACUGGUAUUUCAACAGAAGUUUGUUUCUUUGGUUUGUAUGUCCAAGAAUAUGGAACUAAUUGUGCUCAACCAAACCAAAGACGUGUUUAUAUCGCCUAUCUAGAUUCUGUUCAUUUCUUCCAACCGAGGCAUUUGAGAACUUCUGUUUAUUAUGAAAUCCUUUUGGGAUAUUUGCAGUAUGUCAAACGUCUUGGUUAUACAAUGGCACAUAUUUGGGCAUGCCCUCCUUCAGAAGGCGACGAUUAUAUAUUUCAUUGUCAUCCAACUGAACAAAAAAUUCCAAAACCUAAAAGAUUACAAGAUUGGUACAAAACAAUGUUAAAUAAUGGAAAUGAAGAAGGAACAGUCUAUAGCUAUAAAGAUAUAUUUAAUCAAGCAAAAGAUGAUGGACUUGACACACCAACGAGAUUACCUUAUUUUGAAGGAGAUUAUUGGCCUAGAAUAAUAGAUGAAUGUAUACAAAGUGCAGAAAAAGAUGAAGAAAUUGAUAAAAGAAAAGCUUUACAACAAGCACAAACGGAAGAUUCGUCAAACCUUUCGGAUGACGACACAUUCCAAACAGAUGAUGGAUUACCAGUUAAAAAACAACAAAAGACAAAUAAUAAUAAUCAUAAGAAGAAGAGUAACCUUAAAAAAUCAGCGCAAAAUACAAAAAAGAAGGGAGGUGUAACAACAGGCAAUCCUGUUGUUGAUCGUUUAUUUCAACAAUUGGAGAAGCAUCGCGACGUUUUCUUUACUAUUCGUUUAUUCUCUGUCCAUGAUGAACAAAUUAUCAUUGGACAAAAACCGAGAAUUGAAGAUCCGGAUCCUUUAAUUAGUUGUGAAUUGAUGGAUACAAGAGAUAAUUUUUUGGCAAAAUCGAGAGAUGAACAUUGGGAAUUUAGUCAAUUAAGAAGAGCAAAAUGGUCAACUCUCAACUUUUGUUAUACUUUACAUACACAAGAACAAGAAAACAAAGGGUUAAGUUAUACUUGCAAUGUUUGUGAACAAUCAGCCUCUUAUCAUUGCAAUACUUGCGAUGAUUACGACCUCUGUGAAUCCUGCAAAACAAAAAUUGACCAUCCUCACGAUAUGGAAAAAUUAUCACUUGUUGAAGAAAAAGCAUCUUCUGAUGCAUCCGCCGUUUCAAGAAAUGAGUCUAUAAAGAGAUGUAUUACUUCUCUUGUUCAUGCCUGCACAUGCCGGGAUGUAAAUUGUCGUCGUGGAACUUGUCACAAAAUGAAAAGGGUUAUUUCGCACACAAAGGCGUGCAAAAGAAGAGCAUCUGCUGGGGCAAAUUGUGCUGUUUGUAAACAAUUGAUUGCUCUUUGUUGUUAUCAUGCAAAACAUUGUACACAACCAAAAUGCCAGGUACUUGAAUUAACAAAAAACCUCGUUUUUAAAUACAUUCAGGCCUAUCUCACAAUCAGUCAAAACUAUAUACUCUUGAUAUUAAGUACACACACCAGGGAUGUCACGGGUUGA